ACAAAACGUUUACAAUAAGGUCUAGUUAAUUUUAUAAUUCGAUGGAAAGUAAGGCACUUAUAAGAUGCUAUGCUUCAACUAGUAGGGUCUGCUCCUUCAAACCAUUGAAACAUGGGCUGGACUCACUCAAUAACGUUGUUCCAUGCAGCAUCAUCAGCGAUUUUACCUUCUUCAAGGUUUGUCAAUUUGGUGUUGAGAGCUCAACAGCAAGGUGAACAUUUCCACAACAAAGCUGCCGUCCUAAUCACCUCUCCUUAUGUGCGCACUCCAUGGAAUACGAGCGAGGACGAUAAGGAGAUCAAUAUAUUGGUAGAUAUGCCAGGGAUUGGAGCUGAAAUGAUUGAAGUGAAAGUUAUAGAUGAUAUGCUUUUCAUCAAUGGAAAUGCUGAUAAGAGUAAAUGUAUUGGACGAUGUGAGAUUUUUGAACCCUAUGACUGUAGGGUUCAACUUCCUGCUUUUAAGUGUUGUACGGAAGAUAUAACAGCUGUGUUUAGGAAUGGCACCCUCUAUAUUACUGUGCCUAAAAUUACCCAAACCGAACACGAAGUUAUCCACAUCCCAGUUAAAUCUGUUUGAUGAUCAUAACUUAUUGCAUAUGAUCAUCACCUAAACACACUUAUAAUUGACUUUCAUGGUUGCACUUUCAGAGAUUUUCUAUCUAUUCUAUGUAACAAUAUAGAACUUUAAUUUAAAUUUGAUUUGGGUGUUGUAAUAUAAGCUGUGUAACAAGUCUAACAACUAACAUGGUUGCACGUUGACGUGUUCCUUGUUUAGUAAUUACUGUAUGUGAUAUGAAGUUGUAAUGACGUGCUAUUAUGUAGUUAUAUACUUAUAUAUUUAAGUUUCAUAAAUAAAUUACCUUUAA